CAUGCUCAUUGUCUGUAUAAAAAAGUUAGGUUAUAUUUACAAACAAUUCCAUCAUUACUAUAUCAAAGUAAUUUUAUUUAAAUAUAUAUAAUAUUUGAAAUAGUUUGAAUGAAUUUAUUCAUUAAAAUAUUAUGAUGAAAGUUUGCAUUUACUGCAACAUAAAAUCUCCUGAUGGUGAUAUUACAUUUCAUAAAAUUCCAAGUGAUAAAGAACGUCGACAAAAAUGGUUGAAUGCAAUUAAACUUCCAGAAGAAAGAAUUGACAAAAACAGUUAUUUAUGUAGUAAACACUUUGAAGGAAGUACCUUUUGUUGUCAAAUUGUAAAUAAAAAAGUACACAGAUUUUUACACUUAGACGCUGUACCCAGUAUUUUUACAGAAAAUCACAGUACAGAAGAAAAUAAAAAUAGUUCAAAACUAUUGUUUACGGAAUAUAAUGAAAAUGAAGAAAAUGAUGACGAAGAAGAUUGUUAUUUUUACAAAAUUGAAAAUGGAAUCAUUAAAAGAUAUUUGCAAAAUAAUUUAGAAACUACAGACUUUUCAUCAACGAGUCAAGAAAAUUUGUCUCAAUCAAAUGAAAAUUUGAACAAUGAGAGUAUAAAAUCAAAAAAUUUAUCAUUUAUAAAAAACUCUCAAGACGCUGCAUGUUUCAAAGAAGUUAAUAUUCAAGUACCUGUUAAGGUUGAAGUUUUACCUAAUUUUCAAUUACCUAUUCAAAUUCGAAAUUCAAAAAAUUACUCAGGAGACAAUAUUUGUGACUUGAAAUUUAAUGAGUUUAACAAUCAUAACGGUUCAGAUUUUAUUUAUGAAAAUAUUGCAAUAGAUGCUGAAGAUAUACCUUUCGAUCAAAUCGAGUUUUCCAAUGUAAAUAGUGUAAAUGAAGUGGAAGUAACUACUUGUGAAUCGGAAUCUUUAAAAAUUAAUGAUCUAGAGAAUGUAGAUAUGAAAAUGAAGAAAGACAACAUUGACAACUUAUGUAAUAGUACUAUCGUAAACAAUAGUAAAAAAGAAAUAAAAAAGAAAAACGAUAAUAUUCCAACAAUAGAUCACAUUGACAAAGAGAAUUCUGAAAUUGAAGAAAAUUGCAUAAAAAAUUUACUUUACGAAUAUUUAGAAAAAAAUAAAAGUUGUGAUAUGGUUAAAAGAUAUACUGAAUUAAAAUUGACUGAACUCUUCAAAAGGGUCUUAAAUUAUAUUGAAUGUCUUGAAGAGAAACUAGAAGCUUCUGAUGAAAAAAAUGUACGGUAUGAAAAUCAAAUUUUAAAAUUAGAGAAGUUAUUACAAUCACAUAAUAUUGAUACAGAAAAAAUUAAUUUCAUUUAGCAUUUAUUUUCAAUUUAUUAUAGUCUAUUUAAAUUAUUUUGUUUUGUUAAAAUUGUUUAAUUUUUAUAUCAAUGCUUUUUAAAAUAAUACUGAAGUUUUUAGAAUAAAUUGUACAUAAAGAAAGAUUUUUAACAAAUAAUUGUAUUUAAUAAUUUUGUAUGUAUAUCUAUA